UGUGCAAUUUCCUCCCUAGAUGAGGAAACUGCCCUUGUAAACUUUUUCUUCUUGCCUCACAAGGUUGUGAACAUUUGGUUUGGUGUGUCUCUCUCUUCAGCCAGAAUUAUAACUGAACUUGUUGAAGAGAUGCCCUGGAAAGUCCUCUUUUUUGUAACAGGCUCUUUGGCAAUACCAGCUCCUUCUAUUUACCAGACCCCUCCAUAUCCUGGCAAACCAGGGGAUCCCAUCCACCUUCACUGUGUGGCUCCCCCUGGCUUCCAGGAAGCUGAGUUCUCACUGUUCCAUGGUGAUGGGGUGGUCCAGACAUUGCAGACACACGAGGCCCAGCAAGGAGUGGUUUUCAUAGUGACCAAUGUGAGUGAAGGCCUUACAGCACAGUACAAGUGUCAAUACAGUGUGAUGGGGGAGAUUGCCAAGCAAGUCUCAGACUUCAGCAAACCAGUGAAUGUGACCUUUCCAGUUUAUGGGCUGCCAACUACAAGUCUUCCAACUGCUCCAGUGCCCUCUUGGAUCUUACCACUGUCCCUGAGUCUGGCUGGAGCAUUAAUUCUCAUUGUGAUGCUGGUUGUGGCCAUUCUAAAGAUUAGACAAGUUAAAGUCACAAACCUUCAGAAAAAAAGAGAGCAAGAAUCCUGCUGGACCAAGAUAAACUAUACUACUUCAGAUAUGUCUUUUGAUAACUCCCUGUUCUCCAUUUCAAUGAAAAUGCCCCCAGAAGACACGGAAACCCAUGGCAUUUUCACCAGCUCUACUCUGACUGCUGAACCCUUUGUGCCGAGAAAGAGGCCUACAUCUACUUCUACUCCUGAGUUACCUGAAUUCAGCACCUUCAGGUCCUUCGAAUGAAUCUAUCCCCUGGCUCCAGAACCACUGUACUCAGGAAGAGGUCUGCAUCCACUUCUACUUCUAGAUUCCUUGAAUUUAGCACCUUCAGGGUCUUUAAUUGAACCUGUCCUUUGCUGUGAGACUUGAGGUUGCAUUUUUCCUUUUCCCUUUUGCAUUCUUCCCCUGAGCUGACUUGUGAAGAAAUCAGGGAAGCCUGUUUAUGUCUGGCUUACCACCUCUUCAUCUCAAGGUGGGAGGUAUGGGUUGGGAACAACCACAACCUCUCAGGAGAUAAACUCUUAUGUCCUGAAUCAGAUUUUCAUUGUUCCAGCUAAAAUAUCUUUUUUGGGGCUCAGUAAUUGGCAAUCGCCUGUUAUGUUCAAGAUCAGAGAGGUUAGAAUUCUUCCUGGAAACAGCCCUCACAUGUCAUCUUGAACCCCCAAUUUCAUGUAAGAAAACUAAGCCUUAGGCCUUUAAGAGACCAGGCUAGGGUAUACUGAGCUGUGUAUACUGAGGGUCAGCCACUGGAGGGUAUCCUUUGAACCUGGACCCCAGCAAAGGAGAAAACAGAAAACAGAAGUCAUGUCUCCCAUGUAUGGAAGCAGAAAAAGCUGGAGAAGCUCCUCCAGGGAAGAGCACAGGCCAUUAACUUUUCUGUCCAUGUCCAAGAGGUCCCUUCUGAGGAGAGCACACAGAUAAGACACUGAACCAAAAGCUUCCUUCUGGAGACAGCGUCUCCUGUCCUCACUACAAGCUUUUGAAUUACUUCAACCACCACUAAUGUUUUCCCACCUUCGGUGACGUAUUGCAACUAGCCCUAAUUGGUGACAAAUGUACCUGCCGGACUGAGUUCUAAGAGUGCUUGAUCCGAGUUUCUCUUCUUUUGUGUGUCAUACUUUUCUUUGAAAACUACCGACUUGAGGGGGCAAGAUUGUCUUAAGUUAUUAACAACCAGCAUUGAGACAUUUGUAGGGAACAAAGUGUGGAUUCUUAUUAAAGCUGGCUGGAUUUCUGUUAUUAACCCUUUGGCUUUAGGAGAAUUAUUCCAUAACAAAACAUUCUAGGAGAUUGAGGCGGAA